AUGGCUCUGGAGGCGGAGAACCUGACCUAUGACGGGUUGAAGGACAUUGUGGAUGGGUACUUGUGCCGCCCUUGCUCGCCCGUGGUUACUCCAGAGCUUGCGCGUGGCACCUUCGACAUGACCACGUUUCCCAUGGACGAGCUCCGCAGCACAGACAAUGUGUCCGUGCACGUCUUUGACAUCAUCUGGGGCUUCAAUGACGACAUCGACAUGCAAGAGCUCGGCCGACUGUACAAGCAGGCCUGUGAACAGGGAGACCUACAGCUGUUGCCAAGUCGUUUCGGCUUGAAGGAGCGAUGCCCCAAGGAGACCAAGCUACAGAUGGUCAUCUGCAAUUGCAAUGAUGGCAGCAAAGUCAUCCUGAAGCACAUCAUGUUCCCGCAGAAGAUGAAGGCCUGCCUCUUUGAGAAGAUGGUCUAUGGCCGCCCGCACCGAGCAAAGUGGAUGACGGGAUCACCCAAGACAGGCCGGAAGGUCUUGCAGUACUGCUUGGAGCAUCUUGGUGGCUUUGUCUUCACAAAUGCAGAGCUAAAGAGCAGAUAA